GUCAACACGUUUUUUUUUUUAACUCGAUCAGGAAGUGAUAGUCUGUCAAUGAUUGGAGAAUGCCAGUGGGUGUUGCAAUGUUUUCCUUAUCACCAUUGGAUUUCCUCUGCGCCGCUCAAAGCCGCUGCGCCUCCAGUCCCUGACACUUCCUGAACGGACCCAAGGCUUUUUAAAAGCGAGGGGAGUGGAAGCGACUUUUUGUCGUCGUGGGGGGGAGACAAAAUGAGGAACGCACAUUUAUGGGAAGGAACAUGACAUUUGUCUCAAGGAUGCUACCAUGACUUAAACCAAGGACCCACCUGAAACUGUCUCCUUGUUUGUCUUUUGUUUGUUGUUUUUUGUUGUUGUCUAGUCUCCACCUGUCUUUCUUAGUGUCCCCUCCCUGUUUGGAGAACAGAUUAAAGUUAAGCAGGAAUAUUUGUAUGAAUGAAACCUUUAUGUAUUACACUACUGUUCAGAGGACUGGCCCAGUCACUCCUCUCCCUGCCUCCCUGAAGUUAAAGAUAGCAAUAGAGGCAUCUAAGACUUUGACAAAGACUGCUUUUAUUACAUACUUGUGGCAUUAAUUAUAUUUUGACCAGCACUUACCAAGCAAAAUAUUCCACAGAAAUCUUUCAUAAAGAGUAAUUUAAUUGCUGUAGCCUCCUUGUCCAAGCAAGGUGUGUUUAUGUUUGUCUUAUUCGUACUUUGUGAAUCCAGUUUUCAAUGCAGUUUAGUUUCAUUUGUUUUAUUAUUUAAAUACUUAUCGGUGUUGAGUAGCUAUUCCUAAGCUGCCUUAUAUUGUUAUCACAGUAGGUGGUUUUGAAUUAUAGUGUAAACAUAUCUUUGUACUUAUGCAAUCUUUGUGAAAACACUCUUGUUUAAGGACCAGUCUCAUACUGGAAAAUAAGUUUAAGCUUUUUAUCUGAGAUUGGAAAUUUUGAAGUAUUAUCUGUCUGUUUUCAACUGACUAUUCUGAAACUGUAUAAGUAGACAGCUCUUUAGAUCAAACUGUGUUGAAAUAGAUGCGAGCUUUUAUACAUGUGAUAUGAAGACCGGUCUUAAGCAAGUCCCAUUUCCACUGGAUUGAUCUGCUAAUGGAAGCACCUUCAAACUGGAAGCUGUUUAUUUCCCUCUCAGAUGAAGUACUUCUGAAAUGGACAGAUGUAUACAGAAACCCAGAACUCUGUUUUUUGGACAUUCUCUUGAAUUCAAGCACUGAUGAAGGAAGAAUUUUGAGGAGGCUUCAGGGAUAAAGUUCUCAGAUUGACAUUCAGAUACAUUUGUUUCCCACCAAAUUUUGAAGAGCUGCCUAAUUCUACUCUUAAUCUUCUGACUAAAUGAAAUACCACCCAUCAGCUUGCUCGAGGAAAUCGCAUUACAGUUGACUGAAUUUUUUACUUGCAAAACUGUGUCCCCCUAAGCAACAAGAAUGCGAUCUCCAGAACCUUCUACCCCGUCCCCAGCCGAAGCCCUCCUUCAUGGCCAGUUUGCCAGCUGGGGGUCCGGCAGUAACAGCAAUAGUAACAGCUGUCCUAACAGUCCUGGUGGUACUGGGGGGCUCUCCCCUGCUGCCUCCCCUACCCCGGCUCCGGCCUCCAACUAUGCCCUGACCCUCACCCACACCCACAUACAUGUCCAGCGCCUGUCACCACGACCAGGGAAGGAAGCCCGACUCCUGCUGCCGUUAUCAGAGCUGGUGGGAUGCAGCUGCCCUCGUGCUCCUGCGCCCCCACUCUUGGUGCUGUACUGGUACCCCCCAGGCAAGCGAAGGAAAGGGGUGUCUCGGCGCAGGCAGGUGAGGGCCUACCUGGCAGAGAGCAGGUCUGAUGCUGAGAGGUGGUCUGCUGCUGUGCAGUGUCUGCUCAGAGGAGUGACCGUCACUGCUGACACAGAGUUUUCAAGAAGUCUGCUACCUCGUCCCAGGCGGCUACUGUUAUUGGUCAACCCCUUCAGUGGGAGGGGGCAGGCAAUGCAGUGGUGUCAGACCCACAUCUUGCCAAUGAUCAGAGAGGCAAACAUCAGCUACAACCUGAUACAAACCGAGCGUCAGAACCAUGCCAGGGAGCUUAUCAGAGAGAUUUCACUCCCAGAGUGGGAUGGCAUCAUCAUUGUUUCUGGAGAUGGUCUACUGCAUGAGGUAAUUAAUGGCCUGAUGGAGCGUCCUGACUGGGAACAAGCAAUAAAGACACCUGUUGGCAUUCUACCCUGUGGCUCUGGGAAUGCACUGGCUGGCUCCAUUAAUCACCAUGCAGGGUAUGACAUGUGCCUUCGGGAGCCCCUCCUUUUGAACUGCUGCUUUCUUAUCUGUCGAGGUGGGGUCCGACCCAUGGACCUAGUCUCUGUGACAAUGAGCCCUCCUCCCUCUAACAAUGGCCGCACUUCAGCUCCCAGAAGACUGUUCUCUUUCCUAUCAGUUGCAUGGGGCUUUGUGUCUGACGUGGACAUUGAGAGUGAGAGGUAUCGUGGCUUGGGUUCAGCUCGCUUCACCCUAGGCACCUUGGUGCGCAUAGCUUCCCUUCGAUCCUAUAAGGGUCGUCUGUCCUACCUACCGCCUUCUAUUGUGCCCACAUCACCGGAUGCCACCCCUCCUCCUCCCAGGAGACCUCUCUCCCGCAGUAUUACAGAAGGCCUGGAGGGCUUCUGCAGAACGCCUAUCCAUCGCACCUGCUCUGACAUGGGCAUCAGUGAGCAGAGGAGCCUGCGUAGGGGUGAGGGAGAGAGGGAAAGAGAGCUGGAAAGGCAGAGAGAAAGGGAGAGAAGAAGGGAGAGAGCCCGGGGAGGAGGAACAGGAGUUGUGCGGGCAAGCAGCCUGGCAGAGGAUAGAGAGAGGGAAAGGGAGGGUGAGAUGGAAAUGGAAGGAGAGGAGGAGAGGUCAGGGACGAGUUCAGAAUCAAACGAAAGGGACGAAUGCAGUAUGGGAAGGAAUGAAAGGGUGGCAGGGAACAAGGAUGAAAGGGAAGAUGAGGGGAGAGUUGAACAAGACUCCAGUGAGAUGGAGGACGAAGAGAGGGGGAAAGAUGGGGAAGGCAGUGGUGGCUCUGUUGAAGGGGAGGGAGUAAUGCACGCGCGAGAACUGGGAGAGAGUUAUGGGGUUGACAUGGGGCGAGAAGCAGAUGAGGAGCCAGAGGGUUGUUUCAGUUACCAAGAUGGCCUUCAGGAAGCCAGGCAGACACUAAGAAAGAAUUCAGCCCCCUCAAGCCAGAUAGCCAAUGCCUUGUUCAACCAGCCCCUCAGUCAGGAGGCUGACCCGGACUCUGAGACAACAUAUGGAGUAGAGGACAUGGAUCUGAAUGGCACUUACUUCCAGAGAGAACCCUAUCCACUGGACAUUGCUCGUGAACGAGCUCUCACGAUCUCUUCUCCCUUUCGCCACUCCCCCUUUUCCUACAAGCCCAAAUCACUGGACCAGAACCAGAAUGCCUCCCGGCCCAGACCACUCUCACUCCUCCAGCACUCCCACUCAAACUCUCUCCCCCCUAAAAUGCCCUCACUCUCUCUGUCUCUUUCCCCCACACCCCCAUCCUCCCCUUCCUGUGCUUCCCCCCACUCCUCAUCCUACCUCGCACCCCGUCCAAACACCCCAAAUUCCACCUCGCCCUCACCCUCAUUCCGUACACCGUCCUCAUCUUUCAACUUUGACAUUGCCGAACCAGCUGGACCACUUAAGAACCGUCCCUUCCUUUCACUGCCUUUCAAUCCCCCCAGGGAUGACUUGCUGCCCCCCCUCGACCAACCCCUACCUACCAGAGACUGGGUCACCAUCGAAGGGGACUUCGUCCUUGUCCUUGCCCUUUAUCAGACUCACCUUGGGGCUGACCUCCAUGCUGCGCCCCAGGCUAGGUUUGAUGAUGGGCUGAUCCACCUGACCUUUGUGCGGGCAGGCAUCUCCCGAGCCACUCUGCUGAGACUGUUUUUUGCCAUGGAAAGAGGAACCCACCACUCCCUUAGCUCGCCAUAUGUGAGCCAUGUUACGUGCAGGGCCUUCAGACUGCAGCCUCUGUCCACAAGAGGAACACUGACUGUGGAUGGGGAACUGGUGCCCUACGGGCCGCUUCAAGCACAGGUUCAUCCUUCCAUGGCUCGUCUCAUCGUUGGCGAUGCUGGAGUGCAGAUUACCAGAUUCUGACCAGCGGUUGGUUGAUCUGAUCAACUGAAACAGCACUCUCCUGAAUUAUGUAAUCUCUGUUGCCAUCUACACUCAGAGAGAUAGAGGAGAAACCUCUGAGAGACUUAAAAUAGCCUAGAUUGCAGAAACUGCUUUUCUGGGGUUUAGUGAAAGGGAUCACCCAAGCCACGCGUCAGUGGAGCAUGACUGCAGGGAUUAAUAGCGAAUUUGAAAAUGGAUGAAAAAUGCGUCUCAUUGCACAGCUGUUGGAUUACGCUCAGCUUACCCUGAGAGGAAGCGUGAAAACAGCAGAGCCUGGGAUAAUGAGAGGGAAGAACAGGCGAAUGUUUAUGAAAUUGUUUUUGCAGAUAGUGCAUGUGUUGGAUGUAUACAUUGUAGUAUGCAUGCAUGCAGAGAAGCACUACCUGAUUUUUUUGUUUUGUUUGUUUGUUUGUUUUGCCUUACGAUGAGAUGGAGAGAAAUCUGAGGCGGAUCAGAGAAAGCUGUUGUGCUCUAAAACACAUUUAGAUUCACUGGGGCAAGUUCCCAUAUAAAUCUUCUAUUCUCCAAGCCCCACUCUUUCCAAACAAACAAAAAAGAAACUCCGUCCCUUAAAGGAAUGCCUUAUCCACCACUGGACAGUACAAUUACUGUGAGUUUGCCCUUUCUUACUUAUAAAAGAUAUCUUAAAUCUUCUUAUUCAGCAAAUCUCCAUCCACAUAUCAGAGUGUCCGUCCAACACAAAAGCAAAACUAUGUAUAUGUUCUGGAAAAACUGGUAAUACCACCAUACCAUUAUCAGCACACUUUGCUAUUCCCUCCACUCUUAUGCAUCCGUGGAUAAGUACAUCCAAGAGAUGAAUUUUCUAAUGAAAAUGUCAGUCAGUUUAGAACACAUCAGACUUUUCAGGGUCAUUCCACUUGUAGGAUCAAUGGAACUGUUGAACGGUGACCAUUACUGAUAGUAUUGCAUAAUCUGCCUGUUUUUCUUAGAAAAUGGAUGCAUGAUGAUGUUUAUGUCAAUGAUAUCAGACUAUUACUUUGCUACAUAUUGGACAUAAAAUUAUCUGAACAAAGCAAGCUUCUUUUGUCAAUGGUUUUAGAUUGUUUAUUUUCACAAAAUCUUCCAGUGUCACACACAUCACACAUUAUCCCCUAGCACUAUUUAAUGUCUGGAAAGUAUCACUUACUUUUCUUUUUUUUUUUUUUUUUAAAUGUAAUCACAGGGCAUUAUAUGCCUCUAUUGUCAUAACUGAUGCCAUUUACAGUGCAAUAACUGGAGUUGGAGCAACGCAGAAAUUCAAAACACUAGGAUGGGUUGUAGAUUUAUAGAUAGUAAUACUGAACCAGAUAUGUUGUCUUGUUUCUCUAGAUCACAUUUAAGUUCAAUCUGGAAUUAAUUGCAUGUAUCAGAUUACAUGUGGAUUUUUAAGGGUAAGACUGGCUGAUUAAAACUAAAUCUAUUUGCUGCUUUCAAAUUCCAUCAUAAAUCAAAUAUUCAUUUUUUUUAUGAUGUAUACAAAUACUGACCCCUCCCACCCCCCCAAACACAUUUAACUGCUCUUUAUAUAUUGUCACAUAUGUCAAACCUUUAAUUGGUGAGCAAAAACUGAUGAUGUUCAGCCAGGGAAAUGACCACAGCUGGUAUGCUUCAAUUCAAGAUUGGGCCUUAAACUUCAAAAUAUAGCCUGAAAUCAAACUGCAGACAUUACAUGGAGGUUCCUGCAGGGAGCUGUGUCUUAUGUUGACAUACUGAAUGAAUUUUUAUGAAUUAUAAUAGAAUAACUGCUGAUAUGCUUGAUCAGCAAUCGUGAGCAUGUAUCAGUCAGUAAGAACGUGUGUGGACUGCCCAGACAAGCGUCAGCAUACUGUUUGUAUUGGUUAUGUCUGGACAAAUCAGUACCCUAAUGAUCAAAGCCUGUGGAUACUGGCUGUUGAUCAUGACUAUCCAAACUCGGCCACGGGAAAAUAUUGCAAAAAUAAUUCUUUGCCAGGCUAGUAUUUCUGCUUGUGUUGGGUGCACAGCACAGCCAGUCUACCACACUUAAACUGUGGCAGUGUAUCUACAAAGAGUGAUAAAUUUUGAAUUGAAUUUGUGCCAAACUGUUCACUCCGUGUCAAGACAUUAGUUAUGACAAAUGAUCCUUGUAGACAUUUUACUGUCUAUGGCCAGUUUGGAUAAAGGUAUUUUAGACCAAUUUGAUAUGAACAAUGUAGGAGUGUAACUCCACAACUGAUAAUGCCAGUAAGAUGUCUGUAGUGGACUGCCUGUAAUGAAAUUGUAAUUAUUACUAAAAUCAUGAAAUAUAUACAUAUAUAAUGUACAGUUAAUAGUUAUAUAUGGUUUUGAAUAAAUUUAACUUGAAAAGUUUGUCUCAAGUAAAUACUC